AUGGCUUCAGACACAAAGAACAGGCCAAAGAGUGAUGAUGUCAUCGACUCUGACGACUCUGACGAUGAGGAUACUGUUAUGAUUGACAAUACUACUGCGACAACAACAACCUCGAGAAGACAACAAGGUCAUGGACAUGCUCAUUCGAAUGGAGAGAUGUGUAGUGGCGAUCAUGAUGGUGGCAGCGGCAAGGCAGUUGCGCCAACAUCAAGUUUCAAAAAGAUUGUUAGACUACUAUUACUGUUUAGCAUGGUGCCAGUACUAUUCUCAAUGCCACUGUUCCUAAAGAAGGGUGGCGAGCUCGUAUCAAACAACAGAGCGCUGUUGUUCUACGUGUGGGCAUUCUACGCGGUCGUGUGGGCGGCCAUUGUAUACUCAAAGCGCCAUCAGAUCACGAUCAGCAGCUUCGUCAACCACAACCUGCUCUGGAUGAUCGUGGCGCUGGGCACGUUCAUCGUGCUCGACAUCCCCAAGAUGAUCCAGCAGGUCGAGCUGCGCCGCGAGGUGCUGCUCGUAUGGUGCACCAUCACCUGGAUCCCCAACAUCCUCAUCUUCUUCUUUGACGACACUGAUCACAAGACCAAGGAGCAGCAGGAGGAGCAAAAGGAGCUGCGCAAGAAGAAGAAGGACGACGAGCGCAAGGCCAAGCUCGAGGAGAAGCGCAAGAAGCGCCAGAAGGAGCGCAUGGAGAAGUACACGCCCACGCAGCGCAUGAUGCUCAAUGCCGGCGUCUACGUUGGACUGCUGCUGCUCGUCCUCCUCCUGGCGUGGCAGACCUAUCGAUGGUAUCUCAAGACUCAACAGAAUAUAUUGGAGAGGCAACGAGGCAGUACCGUUGAGGAGGAGGUCGAGCCCGUCUAUGGAGAGUAUUAA